AUGGCUCAUGCCCACCUUGUCCCCACAGCCUUCCAGUGUCCUGCCCACAGCCACUAUGAGCUCUGCGGUGACUCCUGCCCCGUGAGCUGCCCGAGCGUCUCGGCCCCCGAGGGCUGUGAGUCGGCCUGCCGUGAAGGCUGUGUCUGCGAUGCUGGCUUCGUGCUCAGUGGUGACACCUGUGUGCCUGUGGGCCAGUGUGGCUGCCUCCACGAUGACCGCUACUACCCGCUGGGCCAGACCUUCUACCCUGGCCCCGGGUGUGAUUCCCUUUGCCACUGCCGGGAGGGUGGCCUGGUAUCCUGUCAACCCUCCAGCUGCGGCCCGCAUGAGACCUGCCGGCCAUCCGGUGGCAGCUUGGGCUGUGUGGCCGUGGGCUCUGCCACCUGCCAGGCGUCGGGAGACCCCCACUACACCACCUUCGAUGGCCGCCGCUUCGACUUCAUGGGCACCUGCGUGUAUGUGCUGGCUCAGACCUGCGGCACCCGGCCUGGCCUGCAUCGGUUUGCCGUCCUGCAGGAGAACGUGGCCUGGGGUAAUGGGCGAGUCAGUGUGACCAGGGUGAUCACGGUCCAGGUGGGAAACUUCACCCUGCGGCUGGAGCAGAGACAGCGGAAGGUCACGGUGAACGGUGUGGACAUGAAGCUGCCCGUGGUGCUGGCCAACGGCCAGAUCCGAGCCUCCCAGCAUGGUUCAGACGUUGUGAUUGAGACCGACUUCGGCCUGCGUGUGGCCUACGACCUUGUGUACUAUGUGCGGGUCACCAUCCCCGGAAACUACUACCAGCUGAUGUGUGGCCUGUGUGGGAACUACAACGGCGACCCCAAGGAUGACUUCCAGAAGCCCAACGGCUCACAGGCAGGCAACGCCAAUGACUUCGGCAACUCCUGGGAGGAGUCGGUACCUGGCUCUCCCUGCCUGCCGCCGCCCACCUGCCCGCCAGGGAGCGAGGGCUGCGACACCAGCAAGUGUCCUCCCGAGCAGGAGAAGAAGUAUCAGAAGGAGGAGUUCUGUGGGCUCCUCUCCAGCCCCACAGGGCCGCUGGCCUCCUGCCACAAGCUGGUGGAUCCCCAGGGUCCCUUGCAAGAUUGCGUCUUUGAUCUCUGCCUGGGUGGUGGGAACCUGAGCAUUCUCUGCAGCAACAUCCAUGCCUAUGUGAGUGCUUGCCAGGCGGCUGGAGGCCAUGUGAAGCCCUGGAGGACGGAAACUUUCUGUCCCAUGAAGUGCCCAGCGAACAGCCACUACGAGCUCUGCGCGGACACCUGCUCCCUGGGCUGCGCGGCUCUCAGUGCCCCUCUGCAGUGCCCAGAUGAGUGUGCUGAAGGCUGCCAGUGUGACGCCGGCUUCCUCUACAACGGUGAAGCCUGCGUGCCCAUCCAGCAGUGCGGCUGCUACCACAAUGGUGUCUACUAUGAGGUAGGAACCUAGUCAUCUGGGGCAGAAUAUGGGGCCUCACCCCUCCCACUCCUCAUCAGCCCCACAGCCUACUUGGUCUCUUAUUUAUU